CGUGCACUUUAUGACUUCAGUUGGGAAGUUGUCACCCACCGGUGUGGUGUUAUUGCUCCGGGAAUACUCGCCUAUAAAUACAUAUGUACAUAUAUGCAUACUGACAUACCGACAUCUAUGAAUAAUACGUGCAUAUGUAUGUAGUUACCUUCUAUUGUGCUAGCUGACGUUUAGGUGUUACUGAUCACUUUCACGCGUGACGAUCGUUGGUGUGAAUUUUAGUUUGUCACAAGAUUUCGCGCAGUAAAAUUCGUAAUUGGUUUAGCUGCUGUGUAACGGUUGAUAAGACGCUGAUUUGCAAUAGAUCGAAAUAGUAAUGAAAGUGUUUUUGGUGUUGGCUGUGUUUUGUGUGCUUUACCAAGCAACUGCUGGCUCUCGGUUUGGCUACUCGGAACCGAAUCAGCGUCGAUGGGCUCGACAUCAUGGACAUUGCGCCGGCAAAACGCAGUCACCAAUCGCUGUACACUCGUCCAAAGCUAUCCCAUUGAAUAUGCCAGCGAUUGAUAUGAUUGGCUAUCAUAAUUUGCUGCCGAAUCCAUUGCUUAUGGUCAACAAUGGGCAUACUGUUGCCAUCAAUAUACCCAAGCUGAGUGAGGAGGAGAAGGAGAGUGGCGAUUUUAUGCCGUACGUACGUGGCGGUAAGCUGCCGGGUGAUUUCGAAGUGGAGAGUGUCCACUUUCACUGGGGCGAUAAGAACAAUCGUGGGGCUGAGCAUGUGAUCAACGACAUCCGUUAUACGAUGGAAAUGCAUAUUGUGCAUCGCAACAAGAAAUAUGCGACACUUGCCGAUGCGCUGGAAUUCACUGAUGGCGCUGCUGUAUUGGGAUUCUUUUUCAAUUUGGACGAAGAUGAAGGUGCGGGUUUGACAACAAUAUGCCGGCAUUUGAAUCUAAUACCGGAUGCGAAUGAUGCUGUCAAUUUAACAGUUACCUUCUCACUAUCCGCGUUGAUUGCUAAUGUAGAUUUGGAUAAAUUUUAUACAUACAAAGGUUCACUUACAACCCCACCCUGCUCGGAGGCCAUUACAUGGGUGCUCUAUCCCGAUCCCAUACCCAUUUCUCCCAAACAGAUUGCCCGCUUCCGUCAGUUGCAAGAUACGCAGGAUGGCGCGCUGGUUGAUAAUUUCCGUCAAUUGCAGCCGAUUGGUAACCGUCGCAUUUUUAUGCGCAACGGUAAUACGAGACAUACGCAUGUGGAAGCUUUGAAGAAGGAGCUGGACUAUAAGAAAUGGGAUUGGUAUAAUUGAUUUGGCAGCUGGAAUUGAAUUGGAAAGUCUCACAGUGCUUGUACUCGUGCAAUAACAAGCGGCCAUUUGCUUUUGCAAUCGAUUCUUAGUUAAAUAAAUGUUUAAUUUAUUAUUUAAUAUACUUACAUAUGUACUUAAGUAAUUGCAUUGUUGUAAUUCUAGUGCGCUUGGCAUGUACAUUUACUUAUUGCGUACAUAUCAAUAGUCGUACUCUCUCCUAACGGACAGCUCUCUUAAGCGGACACCUCUCAUAUGCGGACUCUUUUUUGUGUACUUACCACAAACUCUUUUAUCUUGAGGGGAGAACCUUUUCAUAACACAUUAAUGCUCCUAUGACGUAUUACGAACGUUUUUUUACACUUUCUCAUAAGCGGACACUUUUUUCAGUCCCGCUUAAAAGAGAGUAUAUGGUCUGUAUAUGUUUACAUGCAUUGAAGUUGCUGUAUGUGGAGUUAUAUAAUUUAUAUUAUGCAUGUCUGUGUUUAUGUAUUUAUAUCCAAGUUUGUGAAAUAAAUUAAUUCAACAUUGAAGUAAAA